GUGCUACGCCCGCCCCUAGAGGAGCCUCGUCUCCUCCCUAGCCCCUACUCCGUGUUUAGUUCCCGGCCACCGGGACUCAGGGUUCAGUUAGGCUACCGGCCUCCCAUCAAUUAGUUCUCCGAAGGAGCGGCGGGAGAGAGUCGUUCGCCUUCCUAGGUACCUGCGGCGAAAGAGUGUUUGUGGCGGUUGACCCUAUGAGGGCCAAGAUGGCAGCACAUGAGCAGGAAAUGUAGCUCUAAAGAGCCUCCAAGGUGGGCUUAGAGCUCAGGCUUGUGGACCAGUGUCUCUACAGCGUUGAUGCUGGCCAAGGAGGAGGAAUGAAAGGAGCGACUUUUUAAAAUAUGCGGUGCGCCUUGAGUGGUUUUGAGAUUUUGUGGAUAACUGGUUGCUUUUUUUUGUUUUUACUUUAUUUUACUUUUAUUUAUUUGUUUGUUCAUUUUUGCGGGGCUGAGAAUUGAAUGGAGGACUUAUUCGCAGAUCUUUAUUUUUCUAAGACAGGGUCUCUUUGGCAUUGAACUUGUGACCUUCCUGCCCUUAGAGUACCCAAAAUAAUAGGCAUGGACUUUUGUUUUUAAAUCUCAGGUAAAUCAUUAAAUGCUAAAAAUAUCGAAGCUCGGAUUUUUUUUUUUUUCCAAAUUCAUCUUCGUAAGCCACUCUGUGAAUUCUGAUUUUUCUAUAAUAAUUUUUCUUUCCUUCUGAGUACUGGUGAACACUGGAUGAUGGACCGACAUUUUCACUCGUCCACCAUUUUAAAGGACACACACUGAUAAUAAACUGAGGCGUCAGAAGCACUUGUAUUCUCACUCGUGGACUCUUCAACUGCAGUUUCUGAUUCAGAGCUGAGGAAGCAUGAGUCACUUGCAAAACUUACUGUUAGACACCCUACUGGGGACAAAGCAUGUGGACAGUGCAGCCCUCAUCAAACUCCAAGAAAAGACUCUGUGUGUGACAUCACCAGGAUUUAGUGUAAUGCCAAGUGAUGUUCGAACACUUUUGAAUGGAUUUGCCAAAAACCCAUUAUUAACCCGAAGGGAAGGGUUGUAUUUCAAGGAAAAGGAUUACAAAUGUGUCCGGGCAGAUGACUAUUCUCUCUAUGCUAAGAAUGAAAACACUGGUGUGGUGGUGGUGAAGACCAACAUGUAUCUUGUGGUGGCAACUUACACAGCAGGCAUGUAUCCUAGUGUCUGCGUGGAAGCCACAGAGAAGCUGGGAGAGUAUCUAAGGAAAAGGGGAAACUAAGACCGCAGAUAACUAGUGAAGACUACUUGGUUGUUUUAGAAGAAAAGUAUAGAUCCUUAAGAAAAAAUAUUUUGUGGUUGAAAACACUGCGUGGAAGAUUAAAACAAAGACUGAGCUAAGGGAACAAGUUUUCUUAUUUUGGGAGAGCAUCCUCUCUGACUGGAAUGACCUUACCAGCUUGUCCCUUUUCUUUAAGCAUUGGUCACAGACAUGACACCUGAGUGCAUUUAUGGUUUUUCACAGGGCAAGUUCACUGGGAGUCUUAUCUCUGAGUCCCUACACAUCUUGCCAGAUAUGCUAAGAAUAUAGACCCUAGCCACUCAUAUGUGUGAACCCCAUGCACAUCGAAGUCAGAGGGCAGCCAUGGGAGUCACCUCUCCUCUGGGUGAUGGGAGUGGAAUGCAGGCCAUAAGGCUUGGUGGCAAGUAAACCCACGAGUCAUCUCACUGCUUCUGGAACCACUCUGUAGCUAGGGCCAUGCCAGUCUCAUGCCUCCUUAAAGGCCUAAAGUAACACUUGGAGGGAAAACUCGCUAAGUGCUUUCUGUCAAAGAAGUAGAGUUCCUGAUUCAGUGCCCCUUUAUUAAAAUAUAGACCACAGUGCA